UGGUUUAAAUUCCUUUCUACUCUUUUGUACUUUUUUGGUUUCUUUGACAGGAGAGCACUGGAUGCAUCCAAUCAAGUUGCUCUACCUCUGAUGGUUCACCACACUAUCUCGAGUAUUCCCGUUGCUGGUUCAGAUAACAAACUCAGCUGCCCUGGGGAUUUACGUUGCGGAGAUAUUUACACGCACACCUAUCACGGUCUACCAAGUACCAUCAUUGAUGAAAAAUCUGGCAACAUUCAUUCUACGUUGUGGGAUGCCAGGAAACGUGGCGUAUUCUUUGAUGUUGGUCACGGACAAGGUUCGUUUACUUGGACUGUAGCUGAAAUAUGCGCCCAGAACGGUUUUUGGCCCGACAUUAUAAGCACCGACCUCCACAGCGGAAACACCGACGGACCUGCUUAUGACUUGGUCACUGUUAUGUCCAAGUUUCUUCACCUGGGUAUGAGUAUUGCCGAUAUUGUGAAGGCUGUUACUGAAACUCCAGCUCGGGCCAUUCAGAAAUCGGAAGAUAUCGGAAAGUUAGCAGUUGGGCGAGAGGCUGAUGUGACUGUGCUGAGAAUCGAAGAGUGUGACGUAGCGAUGGAAGACAGCGCUGGACAACAGAGACGCAUCCGGCAGAGAAUCGUUCCGGUGGCGGUUUUCAGGGCAGGGAAGCUAUACGAGGUUCGAGCUCCCGAUGUCUGGCCAAAUAUCGAGAAGGCCAAAUUGCUGUCGGCUGAAUGGAACGAGCUGGUCAUAAAAGACAAAGAAAAACCCCGUUUUUAGUUUAUUGAUUACGAUUAUUGUAUGUUAUUGUCUCUCUCACUCUGUCUAUGU